GGCGAUACUAGCGAUCCAUUGGCCGAACGGCGGCGUCAAAGACGCGCAAUCGCUCGCACGGGUGCUUCCGAAGCGGUUCGGCAACGAAUACUACAGCGACGACAACCAAACAACGCAACCGCACAGCGAAGACCUGCCAUCAGAAGACGAAAGCGAAGGACAACCACUAAACGUAAACGUAAGUCAACUAAACGUAAGACAAAGACAUCGAAAACGGGUAUAAAAGGCCGAAAGAAACGCCGCACUACUCGACGACGUAAGAAACGGAGGACUAGAAAAUCGGCUUUUGCUUCCCGAAGGCUACCGGCGCCCAAAGACGCCCGAACUCGCAUUGCCUCCAAAUUAGGUAUAGGACCGCCGCCUAAAUCUCCUUACGGUUUGCCAUCGAUGAAGAACUUGGCGUACGAAUCAAUCCGCAAAAUAACCGACUUGAGAGCGGCCGCCGGUAUUUCACAUCUAUCCAUAUUUGGUACCGAACUCGACACUUACGACCCAAGAGUACAGACUGUGGACGACGAUUGUAAUAAUGCUUUCAGAGGUGAUGCCUCUUCGGCAACAGUUGGCGUUAUGGCUCGGAGUCGUAUUGACACAAAUCACUUAAUAAUGAGUCCAAUUAAAAGACAAAAAGCCUUUCUAUUGAGUGACAAUGAGGUGUCAAACGGCCAUUCGUUGGAUAUAUUGUCAACUAUA